AUGAAGAUGAAACUGCUGGUGGACACCAAGGCCGGGCGCGUGCUGUACGCGGAGGCCGGCAAGGACGUCGUCGACUUCCUGUUCUCGCUGCUCGCGCUCCCCCUCGGCACGGUCGCCAAGCUCCUCACCGCGGGCGCUGCCGUCCCCGCCACCGCCGUGGUGACCAAACUUCCGACCGGGGGCGCCAUGGUCGGCUCCGUCGGCAACCUCCACCGCAGCGUGGAGGCGCUCGACGCCGGCCACGUCUGCCGCCGCGAGGCCACCGACGCUCUGCUCGAGCCCGCCGUCCUCCAGCUGGUGGCCGCCGCGCCGGCGCCGAACGGGCGCCUCUUCAGGUGCAAGGGCUGCCCCUGCUCCCCUCGCUGCUACGACUACGCCACCAGGGUCAGCGGCACGCGGUGCCCCGUGUGCAAGGGCGAGAUGACGGCGGAGGUGCAGCUCGUGGAGCCCGACGGCGCCGCGAAGCCCGCGGCGGCGGCGGCGGGCGAGGGGAGAACCACGGGGUACGUGCGGGAGAUGGCGACGUACACCGUGAUGGACGACCUCUCGGUGGCGCCCAUGUCCACCAUCUGCGCCGUCACCGCCCUCGCCGGCCUCGGCGUCACCGACAUCACCGGGCUCCAGGCCAAGACAGUUGAGAUCGGCUACAAAGAGGGCUUGGCGUUGCUGAAGGCGUCGUUGGAGUCGCAGACCGUGCUCACCGACGUCUUCCUCGGCGCAAAAGGGAGUAGUGGCGCAGGAGCUGCGCUGGACUGGGGCCUCGGAAUCCGUAUAGAUUCAGGGGUUUAA